AAACUGUAAAUUUAAAAGAUCCAGUUUUUCAAGAAGAAGAUUUCAUGCUAUGUAAAGUUUUAACAAGUGAUACAAGUAAUAAAGGCAAUAAUAAUAUUGAAAGCAACAAUGAUAUGAAUUUUGAUCCUAAAA